AUGAGAUGGACCCAGCGAUACGGUAUUGUGGCGAUAGCCAUCAUUGUUGUGCUUGCAUUAAUAUUCGUUUUACAACAAAAACAACAUUAUGAAGAACAAACAAGACAAACAAUUGAAACAUUACAAAAUCGUAUUGAUUAUGUUUCACGUCUUAAUGAUGAACAUUUACAAGAACUAUCAAGUAUAAAACAACAAAAUAUUCGUUUAAUUCGUUCAUUUAAUUCAAUAAAAGCUUGUCAUCGUCGUAAUAAUAUUUCAACAAAUUCAAUAUCUAAUAGUACAAUAACAGAUGAAACAUUUAAUGAUAAUACAGUUGAUUCAUUAAAAAAUGGUUUUCAUUUACCACCUAGUUUUAGUUAUUUAAAACAUCUUUCCGGUAGAUAUGAUAUGUUAUCACCAGCAUUUCGUCGUCAAACAACAAAUACAAAUUCUUUACGAUCAAAUGUUUCAUUUAUUAUUGGUAUACCAACGGUUAAACGUGAUAAACAAUCUUAUCUUAUUGAAACAAUUAAAUCUUUAAUUGAUAAUUUAAAUAAUGAUGAUAUGGAACGUUCAUUAAUCGUUAUAUUUAUUGCUGAACCAUUAGAUAUUGAAUAUGUUCGAACAACAGCACAACAAAUAGAAAAACUUUAUAAUAAAUAUAUUGAGAAUGGUUUAAUUGAAAUUAUAAGUCCACCAAUGGAAUUUUAUCCUGAUUUUGAUAAUUUAAAAUUAAGUUUAAAUGAUGAUAAACAACGUGUUAAAUGGCGUACAAAACAAAAUUAUGAUUUUACUUAUUUAAUGAUGUAUUCAUCAAUACGAGGAAAAUAUUAUAUACAAUUAGAAGAUGAUGUUGUUACUAAACCUGCAUAUAUUCAAAUUAUUGAAAGUUUUAUCAAUAAACAAAAAGAUCAAGAUUGGUUUAUGUUAGAAUAUUCAAGUUUAGGUUUUAUUGGCAAAAUGUUUCAUACAGCUGAAUUAAAUGCACUUGUUAACUUUUUUCUUAUGUUUUCUGCUGAUAAACCUAUUGAUUGGUUACUUGAAUAUUAUCAAGAUACAAAAUAUUGUUCAUUUGGUGCUGAUGUUCAAUCAUGUACAAGAACAAAAAGUUUACAUCGUUUUCGUUUUCGUCCAUCUCUAUUUCAACAUAUUGGAAUUUAUUCAUCAUUAAAGGGUAAAAUACAAAAAUUAAAAGAUAAAGAUUUUGGUAAAAAUGUUAAAUUAUUUAAAUCACAUGAAAAUCCAUCUGUAUCAUCGAUUGUAUCAACAUUAAAAGAUUAUGAUAAACAUACAUUAGCAAAUUGUUAUGCAGGACAAAAUUUCUUUUGGGCAUUACAACCUAAAAAAGAUGAUACUAUUGUAUUAAAAUAUGAUCCACCACUUUUAUUAUCAAGAGUUUAUUUUAAAUCAGGUAAUCCUGAACAUCCAGGAGACAAAUUUUUUAAUACAACUGUUGAUCUACAACCAUAUGUACAACCAAAACAAAAAUUAAACUAUAUUAAAGAUAGUGAUGGAUAUUUUACAGUAGCAAAUUUUUCACAUGAUACUGGUAUUGCUGAAGCAUUUGUUGAUAAAGUACUUGGACCGAUAUCAAAUGUUCGCUUAAAAGUACAUUCAAAAUCAGAUGCAUGGGUGAUAUUGAAUGAGAUUCUUAUUGAACCACUGAAAUGA